CACACGCCGUACUGUUAGUCUUGUGAUGUUAGCAUUGCCAAAACGGCAAAGUGCCGGAACCAUUGCUCAGAUAACUAUAGACAGUGUUGGUGCAGCUGAUGGGAACCCGGUCUGGCCAGCAUUAAUAUCACAACAGCAUAUUUCAGCUUUUUUCCAUUUCAUCGCCAGAAUUCUCCUGGGCUAGCGACGCCAUGAACGAAGGAUUUUACUGCCAGUAAUAUUUUCCAAGGAACCUCAAAAAAAGAAUGGGCUGUGCCACCAGCAGUACACAGGGAAGGCACAGCUUUACCCACGAGGACCGAACUAAUCAGCUGCCCCGUGAAACUAUACUUCAGCAAGUGCAGUUUGAUAAUCAGAUUUCAUCAUUCGAAUUCUCUCAGGGUGAGAAGAGAGUUGUGGCGUUGUAUGACUAUGAACCAACAAGUGAACGUGAUCUAAGAUUAAAGAAAGGAGAACAAUUUAUUGUCAUAACAGAACAAGGAGAUUGGUGGAAGGCAAGGUCAUUGGUUUCUGGCAAAGAAGGAUUUGUGCCCAGUAACUUUCUCGCAAGGGUGGCUUCGUUAGAAGUGGAAAAAUGGUUCUUCAGAGAAAUAACCCGCAAAGAUGCUGAGAGGCAAUUGUUAGCACCAGGCAAUAAGUUAGGAUCUUUUCUAAUCCGAGAGAGUGAAACUAAUAAAGGUGGCUUUUCACUUUCUGUGAGGGACUGUGACUAUAAACAUGGUGAUAUAGUGAAGCACUACAAGAUUAGAACUCUUGACACUGGUGGUUAUUAUAUCACUCCCAGAGCCACAUUUCCUAAUUUGCAAAAACUUGUUUACUAUUAUUCAAGAAAUUCAGAUGGUUUGUGCCAACGUCUGACUAAACCAUGCCCAAUGCUCACUCCUCAGAAGCCAUGGUGGCCUGAUGAGUGGGAAAUCCCUAGAGAAUCCUUGACGAUGUUGACUAAAUUGGGCGCUGGACAGUUUGGAGAAGUCUGGAUGGGCCACUAUAAGGACAAUAUCAAGGUUGCUAUUAAAAUGCUGAAAGAAGGUAGCAUGUCUCCUGAGGCAUUCUUGGCAGAAGCCAAUCUAAUGAAGACACUUCGUCACGACAAGCUGGUGCAGUUGUAUGCCGUUGUAACGAAAGAGCCCAUCUACAUAGUGACAGAAUACAUGGCAAAAGGUAGCUUGCUUGACUUCUUAAAGACUGAUGAAGGAAGUAAGAUUCAACUAGCAAAGUUAAUUGAUAUGUCUGCGCAGAUUGCAGAGGGGAUGGCAUACAUUGAAAAGAAAAAUUACAUCCACAGGGACUUGCGAGCUGCCAAUAUUCUAGUAUCAGAUACUUUAAUCUGUAAAAUUGCAGACUUUGGUCUUGCAAGGCUUAUAGAUAAUGAAUACACAGCGCGAGAAGGUGCCAAGUUCCCAAUCAAAUGGACAGCACCAGAGGCUAUUAAUUAUGGCACAUUUACAAUUAAGUCUGAUGUCUGGUCCUUUGGAAUACUUUUAACAGAGAUUGUAACGUAUGGAAGAGUGCCAUAUCCAGGAAUGAGCAACCCCGAAGUGAUUCGUAACUUAGAACGUGAAUAUCGAAUGCCAUGUCCCGACCAUUGCCCAGACGAACUCUAUAAUAUAAUGAUGAGUUGCUGGAAAAAGGUUCCAGAAGAUAGACCGACAUUUGAAUAUUUACAGAGUAUUCUGGAGGACUUCUUUACAGCCACAGAAGGACAGUAUCAACAUGCUUAGCUACAAAAGCCCCCUUGGGCUACUAAAGCAAAUUGUUUAUUUAUUGCAGAGCCUCAAAUCAUGCAUUGUGUUUUCAUUCAUAUAUAGCUGAAAGCAUUUACAGUUCAAUGUGAAUUGAGGUCUUAAAACAUUGCUGUGCCAUAUUCCAUUUUCUAUGUUGAGUCCUGUAUUAGAAAGCCAAAGGAAUGCCAAUGACCCAAGAUUCAGUUAGGCUGAAUUCCAGAAGAUUGUGCUCUAGUGCUAACAGAAAUUUGAGCUAGCAGAGCAAAAAAAAGUCAAUGGGAAUAUGCCAUUAAAGUGCCUUCUGCAUAUUGUGUGUAUAAAAACAUCUUUUUCUCCAGCAAGUGCCUUCCCAGCAGCUAUGACACGGUGCUUCUUUAUUGGACAUUUGUUAACUUAGUGAAAAAUAUAUUCAUUACAAUGGAAAUGCAUUUGGAAAUUCAUCCUGAACUUGUGAUGAAACUUUGUAUGUUAUGCCUGAGCUGUUCUGAUUUUGCUGUCUUAGUCUCCAAAAGCAACGUGAUUGAUCUGUACAUUGUUUUUCAUUUCCUUCUAUGUUAUUUUAUACAUUAAAG